GUCGCCUGCUUCUGAACAGCCUUUCCUGCCUGGUGCCCCGACCUAGUCCCGUCAUGUCCCUGCGCCCCUUGUUCUGGCCGCUCCGGCUGCUGCUGCUGCUUCUGUUAAGUGGGGCGGUGUGCCGGGCUGAGGUCGGGCCAGAAACCGAAAGUCCUGUCCGGACCCUCCAAGUGGAGACCCUGGUACAGCCCCCCGAAUCGUGUACGGAAUCAGCUGCCUUUGGAGACACGCUCCACAUACACUACACGGGCAGCUUGGUAGAUGGACGCAUUAUUGACACGUCUCUGACCAGAGAUCCUCUGGUUAUAGAACUUGGCCAAAAGCAGGUGAUUCCAGGUCUGGAGCAGAGCCUGCUGGACAUGUGUGUGGGAGAAAAGCGAAGAGCAGUCAUUCCUUCUCACUUGGCCUAUGGAAAGCGAGGGUACCCGCCAUCCAUCCCAGCGGAUGCAGUGGUGCAGUACGAUGUGGAGCUGAUUGCAUUGAUUCGAGCCAACUACUGGCAAAAACUGCUAAAGGGCAUUUUGCCUCUAGUGGGCAUGGCUAUGGUGCCGGCACUCCUGGGUCUGAUCGGGUAUCACCUAUACAAAAAGUCGAGCAGACCCAAAGUCUCCAAAAAGAAGCUGAAAGAAGAGAAACGAAACAAGAGUAAAAAGAAAUAAAUAGUGACCUUUA